UCAAACGAUAUUUGCAUUUUAUUAUUGAAAUAUGUGAUCGAGUUAUUUCAAGGUUUACAAUAGCUCUAAGCGGUGCAAGUUUUUUUAAAUAAUAUCUGCUCAAACAACUGCACUCGUUUUGCACAUUUAUUGUGUAGAAAGUUUUGUUUUCAAUUGCUAAUUUACAAGUGUGUGAAUAGGUUUUUAAUGCAUCUGGAAAAAUGGUGCUGCCCAUGUCAGAGGAGCUGCGACAAGCGCUGUACUCGUCAGUGGCGCCUUCUCUGGACAUCGAUAUUGCACCACCCGAACUAGUCGGCAACACGGAAAUUCUGACCGACUUACAUCGUGAAUCGUUAUGUCGGCAUUUACCGGCUCGCGCCGAGGGCUACUUGUGGUCGCUCGUCUUCAGCACUAGUCAGCACGGUUUCAGUCUCAAUUCCAUGUACCGGAAGAUGAACAAAUUGGAAUCGCCAAUUUUAUUAGUCAUAGAAGACACUGACAAUAACGUGUUUGGUGCUCUAACAUCUUGCGCACUGCAAGUUUCCGAUCACUUCUAUGGAACAGGCGAGUCGUCGCUCUUCAGGUUUAGUCCGCACUUUCAAGUGUAUAACUGGACGGGCGAGAAUUUGUACUUUAUCAAAGGUAACAAUGAGAGUCUCAGCAUCGGCGCCGGCGACGGUAAAUUCGGACUGUGGUUAGACGGAGAUUUGUAUCAGGGUAGAUCGGAAUCCUGUAAUACGUACGGCAACGAUCCGUUAACACCUAAGGUAGAUUUCGUAGUGAAAACUUUAGAAUGCUGGGCCUUUGUUUAAAAUAUCUGUGAAUAAUCUUUAUAUUUUUAUAAAAGGAGCAUUUGUUGUAAAUGGCACUCUGGAUUCUUUUUGUUAAUUGUUAGGACUGACUGAGAAGUUUAUGAAUUGUUAAUGUUAAACGUAAGGUGCUGUUGUAACAAAUGCUUUGUGAUAUAAUAUUGAAUAAUGUGCCGCACAACCGUUUCAAAGCUUUAUAGCGAGUAAAAAGGCUGCCUUUCACUUAUUAUUAAUAACGUAAUAGUAAUAGAUCGUGCGUGCGUGUGCUUAAGGGAUAAAUAUGGGAUGUCCUUGCGUAUUUCUUUUAUUAUAACUUCAACACUUCUCCGAUCGAUACAUAUCUUAACGUUUUGGCGGGCCUUAAUUUUAAAAUUUCCCGUACCUACAGUCGAAUGGAGACAUCCUGUAUUUUAGAAACUAGUCGUUUUAUAUACAUUUUUGUAUUAUUGUGUCAAAUUAGCCGUUAUAAAGGUAUUAUUUAUUGCGUCUUGUAUUAUCAUCAUUGUUACAAAGUGAAUGGCAGCGGUGUUAGUUUGUCGUAUAUUAUCAACAUGUUGCGGUCAUUCUAUGUUGUUCGCCUUACUAUGUUUUCUUUAGUAAGCAGCUGCCGAGGAUGACGAUUCGACAUGAUUGUAACAUACUAUGCAGUUUAUGAUUGGCUGUAGUUACUCUCUGUCAAUUAGGCUAGUAGCAAACUCGCCAUAUCAGUUGUCAAUUUCUGAGAUACUUCAAUCUAGAGGCUGUUUGUGUUUAUAUCUCUCGAUGGGAAUUCUCCUCGCGCAUUUUCAUCCUAAUCGAACUCCGAAUAUCUACACGUGAUUUGAUGUAACUUAGAGCUUCGGUGAUAAAUUGGUGUUUUUCAUUUAUUAGCUACGUAACUAACAAUUACAUGCGUUAUUAUGUGUAAAUAUGACAAUUCGAAAAUUCGCGGGGAGAAUUUUGACCGUGAAAACCACACAAAGUCGCAAAUGUGAACACACCUCCAAUUAAUAUAUUUGUUAAUUUGUUAAUUAGAUUUUAAAACUGUAUUCUGUAUAAAACAUAAGCAAUGUAUUAUAGAUUUUAGGAAAAUAUUUAUCUGUAAAAAGCAAGUUGUAUAUAAUGUAUAACAUUAAUAAAUUUUAAAUAGCAUAUAA